AUGGAAAGAGUAAAUCAGAAUUGCAGCAAAAAUAAAUCUCCAUUAAACACAAAUACCAGGCAUUCGGACGAUAUUUCUGACGAAGAAUUAGAUAAUAAUUCAUCAGAUACCUCAACAGCUUCAGCUCCAAAUAACUUGGCAAAUAAGGAUAAUGGUAAGAGCCCAAGAGCUGAGAUAAAAGACGAUGAUUACGAGAAAUUGGACCUCACGUCGGCAAAUAAUAGCAAGCAUUACGAGGAAGACGAUGAAGAACUUAUUACGAGAAAGAAAAAAGGCAAAGGGUUGAUAAUGAAGAUGCCUGGGAUGAAGAAAAAUAUGAAGGCUAGUAGGACAAAGAAAAGCGGGGAAAAAAAGAGGAUCAAGAGAUCCCGUGGUAAGAGCGAAUCGAAAGUUAGCCAAAGGAGCUCCAAAAAAGUCACUGCUAAACGAGAAAAGAAAACAGUUAGGGGGAGGGGGAAAGGAGGCUCGUCUUCUAAUUCAGGCCAAAAGAAAAGUAAGAGCGUGAAAAGGGGGAGAUCGCAAAAUCGGAGCAAAUUAAGCUCACAGAGGAAAAGAGGAACUAAAGGCACGAGCAGGCUUUCGCGAACCAGGAAGUUGAAGAAAUCUGUAAAGUCUAAACCGGCUACCAGGGUAAAUAACCAGCCAGGAACAAGUGGUUUGAAUAAAAAAUUGAAAUAA